AUGUCCUCAAGUUGUCGAAGACCCGAGCAUAUGGCCCCGCCUGAAAUGGUUAGUAUGAUAUUUUCCUCUUAAAAAAAAAAAAGACAGACAAUGAGAGCUAGCUAACCUUAGCUAGCUGCCUGGUUAACCGUUAACUGUAAGAAAACUAACGUUUGCUAAGUUAGUUAGUGAUCUGCUCCCAAAUACAUACCUACCAAGUGACUGGUUAUCUGUCAAGUUCAUUAUGUGAACUACAUUUCCCCGACACAUCUUGUCUUUACCUGCACACUGCACUUAACUUCUUGUGUUUUGAUUUCUACUCAUUCUGCAGUUCUACAACGAAGAGGAGGCCAAGAAAUAUUCUCAGAAGUGAGUCCUGAGUUUGACAAUGACCUCUUAUGGGCUGCGCAAUAUGAAUCACUGUGUUUGAAUACAAAUCGUUUCAUUUACAUAAUGACAAGAGGCUGUCCUUGAUGGAAUAUGUUUGAGACAUAGUAUAAUGUAAUUUUACAUUUACAUUUAAGUCAUUUAGCAGACGCUCUUAUCCAGAGCGACUUACAGUUAGUGAGUGCAUACAUUUUUCAUACUGGCCCCCCCGUGGGAAUCGAACCCACAACCCUGGCGUUGCAAGCGCCAUGUUCUACCAACUGAGCUACAGGAGGUAGUAAUAUGAUUGAAGGUAGCUAAGUAAUCAACAGUUCAAUAAUUUACCAAUUGAUUUCCAGUUCUCGGAUGAUUGAGAUCCAGAGCCAGAUGUCCGAGAGAGCUGUGGAGCUGCUGAACCUGCCCGAGGACCAGUCCUGUUUCCUGCUAGAUGUGGGGUAUGUGUACCAGGGACGUCUGAGGGCUCUCAUCUAUGUAAUAGGUCUGGGUAGGAGAACAAAACAACAUCAAAGCUACUUCAGACUGAGUGUGUAUAUAACUUCGCCCCAUCCAGGUGUGGCUCGGGGCUAAGUGGGGACUACCUGUCAGAGGAGGGACAUUGCUGGGUUGGAGUGGACAUCAGCACAGCCAUGUUGGGUGAGUGUGGUUGGAGUGGACAUCAGCACAGCCGUGUUGGGUGAGUGUGAUGAGUGGACAUCAGCACAGCCGUGUUGGGUGAGUGUGGUUGGAGUGGACAUCAGCACAGCCGUGUUGGGUGAGUGUGGUUGAGUGGACAUCAGCACAGCCGUGUUGGGUGAGUGUGGUUGGAGUGGACAUCAGCACAGCCGUGUUGGGUGAGUGUGGUUGAGUGGACAUCAGCACAGCCGUGUUGGGUGAGUGUGGUUGGAGUGGACAUCAGCACAGCCAUGUUGGGUGAGUGUGGUUGGAGUGGACAUCAGCACAGCCAUGUUGGGUGAGUGUGGUUGGAGUGGACAUCAGCACAGCCAUGUUGGGUGAGUGUGGUUGGAGUGGACAUCAGCACAGCCAUGUUGGGUGAGUGUGGUUGAGUGGACAUCAGCACAGCCGUGUUGGGUGAGUGUGGUUGAGUGGACAUCAGCACAGCCAUGUUGGGUGAGUGUGGUUGAGUGGACAUCAGAACAGCCAUGUUGGGUGAGUGUGGUUGGUGUCAUUCCUGAUGCAAAAAUAUUGCAUUCAUAUUUAGAGAUGGAUCAGCCAUCCUAAUCCAUGGAUCAGCAACCUGAAAAAUACCAGUCAAUAUUUAUUUGUUGUGAUCCGCUGUUGACCAGUGCUGUGUCCUCUCUAGAUGUAGCGCUGGAUCGGGAGGUCGAGGGAGACGUUGUGUUGGGGGAUAUGGGUGAGGGGAUGCCCUUCAGGCCUGGGACCUUUGAUGGCUGCAUCAGGUAAAUACCUUGUCCUCCCUGUCCUGUAAGUGAUACCUGAGUUCUCUACUGACAAAUUAGUAUUGAUGGACUUGUCAAGACUGAGUUAGUAAUGUAUCUCUCCUUCUCUUUCAACCUAUCACCUGUCUGUGUCCUCCCCUACCUCUCUUUGUCUCAUCCCUCAGUAUUUCUGCUCUCCAAUGGCUCUGCAAUGCUGACAAAAAGACCCACAGCCCCCCCAAGAGGCUCUACACCUUCUUCAGUACGCUCUACUCCUCCCUGGUGAGAUCCCUAGGGACCUCAGUCCAAUCUAACUACUACUACUCCUCCCUGGUGAGAUCCCUAGGGACCUCAGUCCAAUCUAACUACUACUACUCCCUGGUGAGAUCCCUAGGGACCUCAGUCCAAUCUAACUACUACUCCCUAGGGACCUCAGUCCAAUCUAACCCCUACUAUGUUAUUGUCCCAUAUCUUUUUUAGUCAAGAGGAGCCCGUGCAGUGUUUCAGCUUUACCCAGAGAACUCUGAGCAGGUACAGUGAUAUUACAAAUUGUUUAUUAAAGUUUGUCUGCACAGAAACAUGCCGACACACUCGGUGACACCUGAUUGCCACUCCUGAUCUGACCAAGUAGUUGCUCCGCCUUCCUUCUAUUUAUUUAUAUUUAUGCUAAAUGUUAUUCUAUUUUAUUACACCUUUACUACUUCUGUUUACUGUAGUUAUUAUUGAGAGGUGAACCUGCCAGUCAGCGUUUCAGUGUACUGUGUAUCCUGUGUAAAUGAAUAAUAGACUUGACUGUGUGUAGCUGGAGCUGAUUACGUCCCAGGCCAUGAAGGCAGGCUUCAGUGGAGGCAUGGUAGUGGACUAUCCCAACAGCACCAAGGCCAAAAAGUGAGUCGUCGUCCGUCCCCCCGCCCCCAAGCGGCCCAACCUGGAUUUGUAGCCACCAUAGAAAUAUAACCUAUAGAACGGGCCUCUCCAUUUUAAGUCAAUGAUGGCAUAAUGAUAGAUUAUAUUUCUAUGGUAAUCACUUGGAGGUCAUACUAGAAAAACACACACACAAAAACAUGUAUUUCUGGCACGAACUCUCACAAUUGUCUUCCUACCGUCACCGACUGCUGGGAACUACUUUAUUGAGGAACGGUUUUACUUACUAUGAUAUGUGGUUGUCCCACCUAGCUACCUUAAGAUGAAUGCACUAACUGUAAGUCGCUCUGGAAAAGAGUGUCUGCUAAAUGACCAAAACUGACAUCCUUCUCUGAUUUCCCCAUCAGGUUCUUCCUGUGUCUGUUCGCUGGGUUUUCAGGAACCCUACCCAAGGUGAGGAAGAGAGUAGGAGUUCAUUUGGAGACUUGUCUUGAAUGCUGAUGGUUUGUGGUCCCUGUGUUUCAGGGGCUGGGGUCAGAGACAGUGGACAGGGGUGUCCCAAAUCAAGUCCAGUUCACAGGACAGAGGUAAAGAAAUAACAUCCUCAACUUUAGAAAUGUUCUAAUUAUUAAUUACCACCAUUAUGUUAAUGGUAAGACUUAAUCAAAGUAUUAGCAUAGUUGGGUAGAUCUUCUCAUCAGGUCAGUGCAGGCUCAUAUUUUCGGUGGCUCGACUGGGUAAGACACUUAAGCGGGGGUGGUCCUGUGUGUUUGCGAGACAGAGGUCCUGGGUUGGCGCCUUGGUAUGAGCCAAAUCAGGAGGAAGUGGUACUGGCUUAGCAAGCAGCGUGACGUCCUUUACAAUGACACUGAUCACAUCUACUGUCACAGGACAUAGAGCAGAUCAAAGAUGAAAUAUGUAUUUGGUAAAAAAUAAUUACAGAUUGAUUAGAGCUGAGUGUCUCAAUCCCUUCCUGUGUCUGCUGGUGAUGAUUUCCUGUUUGUCUUGGUGAAGAUCUCGCUUUAAGAACAUGAAGGGCAAGUCUGCAAAGAAGGGAAAAGACUGGAUCCUGGAGAAGAAGGAGAGGAGGAGAAGACAGGGCAGGUAUGUACCCCUCUGACUACACUGUCUCAUUGGGCAGUGAUCCUGAUCCAGUCUACGGUCUCAUUGGGCAGUGAUCCUGAUCCAGUCUACUGUCUCAUUGGGCAGUGAUCCUGAUCCAGUCUGUCUCAUUGGGCAGUGAUCUUGAUCCUGUACAGGUCAACCAUUUGUACCAUGCAUAUAGCUUCCAACCCCAUUUGGACGAAGCCGUUAGGCUCUGUAACAGAAAGGCUUGUCUCUUACCGUCUUCCCUCUGUGGUGUGGUUUGUCUCUCAGGGAGGUCCGAGCUGACACAAAGUACACUGCCCGGCAGAGAAGGCCUCACUUCUAA